AGGCGUCAGCGCCGAGCUGCCCCCGCGCUCGGACCAGCUGGGCGAGGACCGAGCUGGGGUCCAACUCCCGCAGCUACGGCGUGCAGUUCGGCGCGGGCGGCGCGGCGGCUCUGCGGCCGGGCGACGUCAUGCGCCUCGUCGCGCGCGACGCCCUUCUCCUCUGGUCCAGUGCCGUCGUCUGUGGGCCACGCGCAGAGGGGGUGCGCGCCGCCAAUCGGGGCCCUCGUCUGGCAGACCCACGCGCGGCCGCCCGCGGGGCGGGGCGGCUCGGCGUGUCCUACGACCAGAGCCUGUUCCCUGUGGGCGUGGCCGUGUGGCACAACGGGGCGCAGGUGCCCGUCCCGGUGCCCCGGGGCCUCAAGGGGGAGCAGUGGCCCGCCCUCUACCUGGCGGGCUGCACGGUGGACUGGGCCCUCGGGGAGGAGAGCACUGGAAGCAAGCGAACUGCUGCCCUGGUGGUUUCUCUGAGGUUAUGCCCAGCCGCGGGCUGAUCGGCGAUUGACCCCAGUUGCGGCAGAGCAGCGCCAAAAGGGAGGAUGCGUUUUGCGCAUCGCGAUUCUGAGAGCUGCCAGGUGUUUCCUCGAAAGCCACUAGAAGUCGCACACCAGAACCGGCCAUGAGUUCUGCCGACCCUCGUCGCGUCAGCCGAAUCAUGCAUUCAGAUUCGCCUGAUAUUGCUUCAGCAUGUUGCAGUCUAUGAUGCCGUUGGUUGAGUAGCUGUGUAAAUGCCUUGGACGGCUGUGCCAAUUCCAUGGCGAAUUCCGAGCCGUCAUCAGUGUUCGCAGCAUUUACGGCAUAGUUCGCUCUUUUGCAGGCGUUGACACCAAACGAGCGCGAACAUGCAUCAAACACCACAUGAUAAUGUCACGGUCUCUCUUUCGUAGUCCUCUCUGAGCCCUCUUGGGGCGUAUUGGAGAUCUGCUGCUCUUGGAC